AUGAGCGACUCACAAAAAUUCCUCGUCAAGACAGAGAGAAGUGGCAAUGUCUACGUUCACGUCCAGGGAGAUCUUACCCAGCAGGACAAGAGAGCAAUAUUUCUCACUGUUCAUGACCUGGGAUGCAAUCACAUAUCGUUUGAGAACUUCGUCAACCAGCCAUGUAUGAGUGAAAUUAAAGACCGAUCAAUAUUUAUUCAUAUUGACGUGCCUGGCCACGAGGAUAACGCUGAUACUCUACCCGACUCUUUUCAGUUUCCAUCAUUGCAAGUGCUAGGAGAAGAUUUAGUGGCUGUUUUGGAUACUUUGCACAUUCGUUAUGUUAUUGGAUUAGGAGAAGGAGCUGGUGCCAAUGCAGUAGCAAGGUUUGGUUUGGCACAUCCUUCACGAGUUUUGGGAUUGAUACUCAUUAAUUGUACUGGAUCGGCUACAUCGGUGAAGGAAAAUUUCAAAUCAAAAUUUGUAAAUUGGAAAGGGAAAUCAACUGUGAGCCAAUCAGCGAUGGAUUAUUUAAUUUUCCACAAAUUUGGACAUCAACUUAUGAAUGAAACAAACCCGGACAAAGAGUUGGUCAUCAAUGAGUUUGUAAAACGUCUUCAAGGCACUAUAAACUCAAAAAAUCUCAAACAAUACGUAAACGCAUUUCUUACCCGAAAGGAUCUUAUGCUUAAAGACUACAAACAAGACAUAUUAUUGGUAACUGGCGUUUUGGGCUCUUACGCUAAUGUUGUCGAGAAGUUACAUCGCGAUUUGAACAAACAUAAGGCUACAUUAUUGAAAAUUGAAAGAGCUGGAGAUGUUUUAGCAGAAGCACCGGCAAAAAUGGCACAAAGCAUCCUGUUAUUCUGCAAGGGCCAAGGUCUACUCACAUCGGUCACGUUGCCAGGUAUCGAGAGACAGCGCACAUUCUCGGGCAGUUCAUCGGAUGGCGAGCGUCCGAGGCGCAGUUUGUCACGCGGCAUGAGCAUGGAAGACUACGAUCGACCAAACAUUCGGCGACUAUCCAUAUCCGUCAACGAAAACCUCCCGUCUCCCAAAUAA